GAGAGAGAGAGAGAGAGAGAGAGAGAGAGAGAGAGAGAGCUGCUAUUACUAGUGACAGAAAACGGCACCGAGCUCAUACGGUCUGGAGAGCCGCUGCUGUGACAAGAUGCUGAGCGUCGCCGUGCUCUGUGUGUGCGCCGUCGCCUUUGGACGCGUCUCCGCUCGCUCGGACAGCGGCAAUUUUCUGGACGAUAAGUGGGUGACCGGCAGAUGGGAUAAAUUCAGAGAUGAAGUUGAGGAGCCUGGAACAUGGACUCCAUCCAAGCCCUUCGAUCAAGCCCUCGAUCCAGCCAAAGACCCCUGUCUGAAGAUCAAAUGCAGUCGCCACAAGGUGUGUGUGGCUGAGGAUUACAAGACUGCCUCUUGUGUCAGCCAGAGGAGAGUUAGUUUUGAAGGUGCCAAUUUGCACCCAAGUGCCGGGUCGAAGUGCAAGCCGUGUCCUGUGGUUCACCCCUCGCCUGUUUGUGGCAGUGAUGGCCACACCUACUCCACUAAGUGUAAACUUGACUACCAGGCAUGCAUCACGGGGAAAAAAAUUACUGUCAAGUGUCCUGGCAUGUGUCCUUGUCCCUCUCUACCUGAGCAGAGUUCUGCUGAGAAAAAAGCCUGCAGUGAAUCAGAUCUGAAGGAGGUGGUGAGUCGCCUAAGAGACUGGUUCAGAGUGCUGCACGAGAACGGAAACCACAAGAGAGUCAAGAUCCAAAAACCGGAGAAGAACAAGUUUGAUGUCGGGGCAUCACCUAUCUGUAAGGACCCUCUGGGGUGGAUGUUCUCCAGACUUGACACCAACUUUGACCUCCAGCUUGACCAGUCAGAAAUCAAGAGCCUUUAUCUGGACAGGAACGAGCCGUGCUCCGACGCUUUCUUCAAGUCAUGUGAUACGCAUCCCGACAAAGUCAUAACCAGCUCCGAGUGGUGCACAGGCUUCCAGAGAUAUACAGAUUCGCCGUGCAAAGCAGAGCUUUCCAGCAUCAGCAAAAAGCAAGCUGGGAAGAAGUUACUUGGUCAGUAUCUACCUUCCUGUGAUGAGGAGGGUUACUACAGGCCGCACCAGUGUCACAGCAGCAGUGGUCAGUGCUGGUGUGUGGAUCGCUUUGGCAACGAGGUGGCAGGCUCCCGCACCCACGGUCCUGCAGACUGUGGAGUAAUUCUGGAGUCUUCAGGGGACAUCGGCAGCGGUGACUCACUCUUCACCACAGACGACGAAGAUUCAUUCGUCCUAAAUGACCAGGCAGGUAUGGACGACGAGGAUGAUGAAGAUGAUGACGAAGAUGAAAAUGAUGAAUAUUUGUCAUAAAUUUUUGGAAAAACAAAAUACCAGAAAAAAAGAACAUGAAAUAAUUGUAUGUUUGGUUAAAUUGCACGUUUCUCGGUGAUCCUCCCCCUGGCAGAUAAUCCAUCAUACUAACAACCUACAGAUUAUUCUCUGCGUAUUGUUUCUCCAUCAGUUUAAGAAGAGAGAAAAAAAACUAUAUUUUAGGAACUGUGUCAGAUUUUCCUCCUGUUUAACUAGAAGGUAUACUUGCACACUUGUAUUUCAACCAAACAGAGAAUAUAACUGAUAAACCUGUCCAUUGGUUUGGAUUUGGUCAUUUGUGCAAAGACCUUUCCUUUCAGAGGACGGUUCGUAUGUUUUAGUGUUUCGUGUCCUCCCGGAACACUCCGAUGCCUGAGUAUGUUGAUGCCUGAAGGCUCAACAAUAAAGAGAUUUCCCUUUUCCUUCAUUCCUCCAUCCUCUUCACUUCAUCCGUCUGAUCUUUUUAUUUUUAUCGAGUGUUCUCGUGUAUAGGUGGGGCGGUGAUGAUGUAGAUAAGAGAAUGUUGCACUUAUUAAGUUUCUUUUGAUCAUUUUUUAAACUGUGACUGUAACUUUGUAGAAAAAAAAAAACAAGAUAAGGUUUAGACAUGCUUCAUCAGACAAAUUUAGGCAUGAAGAAAAUUAUGAUCAUGAUAAGAAAAAAUAAAAACAAUCAGAAAUAUGAGCUGUUGUCAGAUGCAGAUCUAGCCAAAUCAUCACAGGCUUAGAAAGGAUAAAAAAAGAUAUUAAUGUUUGGCCUAAUGGGUUUUUUUGUUGUUAUUUUUUUGCUGCAGAGGGGUAUUAUUGUUAUCUAUUUUUCUAAUCCAUUGUAGGACGAAUACUGGAGAUGAAACAGAUUUGUCUCAGCAUGUCUAAUACUGCGUGAUGUUUCCGUCUGUAGAGGCAAAGGCCAAAUCUUUGAGGAACUCAAAA